AGCACCACACCCAAUCCAAAAUACAGUUCCAACUUCACCAUGAAAUUAACUCUCACGAUAAUCUUCUUGGUGUUAGCAGUUCUAGUUACUGGCUCGAAUGGUUGGUGGUGGAGUAAACCCAAAUAUGGUUGCCUUGAUCCUUCUAGAGGAGACCCAUACUAUUUUGGAACAACCGAUUUAUUCUGCAUGACGAAGACCGGAAAGCGCGAUGCACCAUCCCGGUACACAAAAGCUAUAAGUCAUAGAUGGAUUCUUUACAAGGGACAUUACUUUGAAAGAUUAAGCAACGGCGAUUUUACUACUAAAGGACACUCACAAGAGUCUGACAAGUGCAAAACUCACCGUGAAAGUACACCAGCUGGAUAUAGUUCUCUAAGCGUGGAUUGUAUUGCACGCUGUACAAAGAACUAUAAAAGAAAAUAUGGAUCAUACGGAUGGUGGGGAAACAACUGCCAUAUAUAUGCAAACCGUAUAUCUGAAAUCCUGUGCAACAAAACAACCUGUCCAUCCUGGUGUGCUUGAUGAACUAAAAAAAAAAAAUCUGCACUAUAACCAUAAAUACAUAUCUAAUUCUUUUGUGAACAAAUAAUUUAAACUUUACUUUUGAUUAUUU